AUGACCUGGUACCCCUCUAUAGACGGCACCAAGCUGCCGUGGCUCGUGGCAUACGGCCCCACAGAGCCCAUCCUCAAGGCCACCCGGAAGGUCAUCCCCCUGGUGGGCGGCGUGGACGUGACGCCCAUCGUGUGGGUUGGCCUCAUCUCGUUUUUGAAUGAGAUCCUGCUGGGCCCUCAGGGUAUCCUCAUGCUCAUCCAGCGGCAAUCGGGCGCCGGGCUGUGA